AAAAAAAAACAAAUAAAAACAUGAGAUUCAUAGGGCAGCAUGAAUCCCUUCUUCAAUGUCCUAACAACAAAAUCUGAGGUUCUUCCCCUAAUGGUACUUGUCCAAUCCUCCAAAUUCUCUCUCCCUUCCUCUUCUCCUCAGACAACCUCCUUUCUUCUCGAACCUAAUUCUCUCUCUUUAGCCUUAAUGCACUCUGAUUCUUCUCUCUCUCUCUUUCCUUCUCUUCCAUUUCCUUCCCCCUUUUCUCUCCUCUCCAAACCCCAAACCCUAAUCCCUCCUCCCUCCUCUUCCUUCUCCUUCCUCCUCCUCCACCACCACCACCUCCCUCAUCCCAGAGUUCUCUUCCUUGUUGCUGCCCCACAUAAGGGUGGCUCCCAGAUCCUUUUCAGGUUUUAUAUUCUGAACUCUAACAAUGGUUUUAGUAAGGCUCAAGUUGUUUGCAACCAGAAGGGACUUGGGUUUGAUUCCAAGUUUGGAGUUUUAGUGGAUGUCAAUCAUGGGGUUUCGAUAAAGAUUGUUGGGUCUAUUAAUUUUUUCGCCAUGUAUUCAGUUUCUAACCGUAAGGUUUGGGUUUUUGCAUUGAAACCCAUUGGUGAUGGUGAUGGUGUUGGGGAUGCUGUUAAAUUGAUGAGGUGUGCUGUCAUUGACUGUUGUCUGCCGGUUUGGUCCAUUAGUAUCUCUUUUGGGUACUUGAUUCUCGGGGAGGAUAAUGGAGUUAGGGUUUUCAAUUUGCGGCAUCUUGUGAAAGGGAAUGUCAAGAGAGUUAAGAGUUCAAAUUCAAAUGGUAAUUUGGAUUCUAAUGGGAGAUUGGAUAGUAAAGGAUUGAGAUUGCCCAAUGGAGUGAUUGGAGGUGAUCGUCACUGUGGUUCAACUGCUUGCAAUGGUUUAUUGGAUGGGAAGAUUGAUAAGCACUGUGUUUCAGUCAAGAAUAGGUCUGUAAGAUGUAGACAAGAUUCUGGUGAAGGGGGUGCAAUUUUUGUGGCCUUUAAAAGCAAGGAGGUUGAGAUCUCAAAAUCAACUGCGAAAGCUGUUUCCAUCCAGGCACUGUCCCCCAAAAAGUUCAUGAUUUUGGACUCUACUGGGGACUUGCAUAUUUUGUGCCUGUCUAACCCUGUUGGUGGAUCAAACAUCAGGUCUAACUUGAUGCAUUUGCCUCAGAGUAUGAAAGUGCAAAAGCUGGCUGUUCUUCCUGAUAUUUCGUCAAGAAUUCAAACUUUCUGGAUAUCAGAUGGAUUCCAUUCAGUGCACAUGAUGACAGCAUCAGAAACUGAUCCUGUUAUUGAAAAUGAUGGAGAGGAGAGUAAGGAAAAAUUGAUGCAAAUAUCAGUCAUUCAAGCAAUAUUUGCUGGUGAAAAGAUACAAGAUCUUGUUCCAUUGGCUGCAAAUGCCUUCCUGAUUCUUGGACAAGGAACUGUAUGGGCUUAUGCAAUUCCCUGAAGUUACUUGGAGUAUCUCUUUUAUAUUGGAAGUCUAUUUUCCAGGUCAUGUUAGAUGAUUGUCACAGUUUUAUGGAUUCCUGGAUCAAUGCUCUCGUAUGGUGAGUGUUCUGAGCUAUUUUUGCUGUUUCAUUUAAAAAGGUGAAAUCAGAAGCAGUUGGAUGCUUGUCAUGGAGUUUUGGAUCUUGAAAGCCAGGACUAUGCGACAACUCGAAGCCUCUUGUGCUGUACAUCCAGCUUCCAUGAGUUGAAGAGGAUUUGAUGCAGGCUUAUGGUUUUUAUCUGAUUUGGUCCCUGCAGAGUCCACAUUAUGUCUGAUUUUGUUUACCAGAGGACCGAAGGAAUCGUGAAGAUGGAUUAAGAUGGGACAUGUCGGGUUGAUGUACUGUUGCAAUACAUGAUUCAGUUGUUUAAUUGUCAAGAUGAGGGUUUAUUGCCCACGUAAACAUGUAGCUUGAGUUAUGCAUUUCUGUCUUCCAUUUGUUGAGAUGUGAGAGUCUAUAUUGACUUGUGUUUGUUUCUGAUAAACCUAGACUUCCGCCGUGAUUUUACAUACAAUGUUGUUUAAUAAUGCAAUCUUAUGUGUUUGUCUUA